AUGGGUCUGCUCCUGAAGAUCUUCAUCCCCUUGCUGGGAGUGGCACUGGCCUUUUAUUUGUACUCAGCACCCAUGAAUUUCAGUGAAGAGAUGCUCCGGGGGAAGCGGGUGAUCGUGACGGGCGCCAGCAGUGGCAUUGGGGAGCAGAUGGCAUAUCACCUGGCACGCAUGGAAGCUCACCUCCUGCUGACGGCACGGACCGAGGCCAAGCUGCAGAAAGUUGUGGAGCGGUGCCUCAAGCUGGGUGCUGCCUCCGCCAGCUAUGUGAGCGGCUCCAUGGAGGACACCGCAUUCGCUGAGGUGGUGGUGAGGGAGGCUGAGAACACCUGGGGAGGCCUGGAUAUGCUCAUCUUAAAUCACAUUGGUCGCACCUACUUCAACUACUUCAAUGGGGACGUGGAGCACGUACGAAAGCUCCUGGAGACCAACUUCCUCAGCUACGUAGCCAUGACUGUGUCUGCCCUGCCCAUGCUGAAGGAGAGUGAAGGCAGCAUCGUGGUGGUCUCAUCCCUGGCAGGUAAAACUAGCUCCCCGUUUGCUGCUCCCUAUUCUGCAACUAAGUUUGCCUUAGAUGGAUUCUUUGGCUCCUUGAGGAAUGAAUUCAUCAUAGAGAAGGUUAACGUCUCCAUCACACUCUGCAUCCUGGGCUACAUCAACACAGAGAACGCAGUGCGGGCCGUCUCCCACGUCAUCCAGGACACGCCGGCGCCCAAGGAGGACUGCGCCCUGCAGAUCAUCCAAGGGGCAGCGCUGCGCCAGCGCGAGGUGCACUACCCACCCCGGCUGGUGAGCAUCCUGCUGCUCCUCAGGGCCUUCGCCCCCGAGUUCCUCGACUCUCUCACCAGGAACAACUACAAGGUGGAAAACAUCCAAAGAACAUAG